AUGUGGGGGAAGCGGAGGAAGAGGAAGAGGACUUGGGCGAAAGUUGCUGCUGCUGCGACCCUGGAGGGCGUACCGACGGAGGUCCUGUAUCUCAUUCUCGGCCAUCUGCCCCCGCACGAGCUGUGCCGCGUCGCGCUGGUGUGCCAGCGAUGGCACGAGGCCGUGGCAGAUGACUUUCUGUGGCAGCGCAUCCACAGCGCACUCAUCGCCCCGUGCGAGCAGCAGUCGGCAACCGCCAGCGCUGCUGCUGCAGACGGCGAGGUUUCGGCACCUCCUGCCGGCCGCGUAUGGCGGCAGCGCUGCGUGGAGGUCGCAUGCGCCCUGCAGAAGUACUUUGGCCUCGAACUGGGCCAGGAGGCCGACUUCACGCUCAGCCUCUCGUUGACAGAGACCAAGAAGAUCGAGCGCGUGUAUCCCAAUCUGCUAUGGGCGGUAAACUAUGGCUACGCCCGGAUUGUGGAGCGCCUGCUCGCGCGGAUGGUCGCUCUCUGCCCUUCUGCCAAGCCCACCUCGGGUGGUGUAGUUGCUUCUCUGGUCAACUACAAAUGGAGGAACACCAUCUUCCCUAAUUACAACUACCCUGAGUGGUUCGAGGCCACGCUCUAUGAGUCGAUCGUGAGAUAUAACGACUCGCUCCUUCACGUUGCCGCACGCAAGGGCUUCACGAUGAUAGUGCUCCGCAUUCUCAUUUCCCACAAGGCAGCAGUGGACUCUCUAAAGCUUCCUGUCUGUGGAUCUACUACAGCCAACGUCGGACAUAGGCAAACGCAAUCGCGGCGUAAUGUGCUUCAUGAAGCGGUCACCACCGACCGAGUAGCGCUUCUUGAACACCUCCUUGCGCUAUCGUCUUCGUCGGCCGACGACGCAGUCUUGCGCCAGUGGGAGGACCUAACGGACCAGAGUGACGAGAGCGGCUACACUCCUCUUAUGCUGGCCUGCAAGAGCGGCAGCGUGGACAUGGCCCGACUUCUCCGUCGCGUGCAGGUGUCCGCGGGCGGACCCGAACGUGCGGCCAAUCUCUCCAACGCUGUGGCCCUCUCCCGCGCGAGUAACCACGCCGAGGCGCUGCUGGCCCUCUUCCCGGCUGAGGCUCUGCGCGAUGAUGCAGCUGAGGCACCGCCUCACGACCCACACCUCGAGUGA